AUGAAGCUCCUAGCUUGGAAUUGUCGGGGGCUUGCUCGUAACCCGACAAUUCGAGUCCUACGAGCUUUGAUCAGGCAACACAGACUUGAUCUUAUCUUUCUUUCUGAAAGGAUGGUGCCAUCUUCCCGUUUUCAAGCUUCCUUGUUUGGUUUGGGUUUUUCUUCUUGGUUGGAAGUUCCUCGGGUUGGUUCACAAGGAGGGAUUUUUCUGACUUGGAAGUUUGGUGUUGAUGUCGAGCUUGUUAGGCUGGAUAAGAGGUGUAUCUCUUGUUUGGUGUAUCUUAUCCUUCAAUUUGCACUUGGCUUGUUUCUUGCAUUUAUGCACCAGCUACUACUUCAGGUCGUCAUGUUCAAUGCUUUGGUGGAUUUGGGAUUCGUUGGGAACAAAUUUACUUGGAGCAACCACCGGCCUGAUCACUGCCCCAUUUUGCUCUCUACUGAGGGCUCUUAUCAGAAUAUCCCAAAACCUUUUCGUUUUGAAGCUUUUUGGACUCGUAAAGGUCCAGUUUUGGUGGCCGAAGCUUGGUUGGCUGAGGUUGAGGGCUCUCCAGCUUUCUCUUUGAGCAGAAAGUGGAAGAAUACAAAGAUUGCUUUAAAAUCUUGGAAUCACCAGCAUUUUGGCAAUAUUCAAGCUAAAAUAAAAUCACUGAUGGCUGAAAUUAGCAUUAUUCAUAGCUGCCCUCAUUCCUCUACCAAUUCGGAUAGAGAAGCUGUUCUUCAGAAGAAUUUACAAGAGCAUUUUUUGAGAGAGGAGGUGCUGUGGAAGCAAAAGUCUAAAGAGUUAUGGCUCACUUAUACGGAACUCAACACAAAAUAUUUUCAUGCCUUUACAGUGUGUCGUUGCAGGUAUAACUCUAUUUCUAGCCUCAAAUAUUCGGAAGGUUCUCCUAUUUGUGGUAGAGAUAAUAUUGGUGCAUAUUUGGUGUAUCAUUUCGGUAACAUUUUUUCCACCUUCCACCCUCAUUUGAUUGAUAAUUUGCCAAAAUUAGUGAAUGAAGUUAUUUCUGCUGAGGAAAAUGCUAGAAUUUGUAGCAUUCCUGAUGAACAUGAGAUUUUUGUUGCUAUUAAGGAGCUUGGGCUUAAUAAAGCCCUUGGCCCGGAUGGGAUGACUGAUGAUGUUAUGAUUUUCUCUCGGGCAAAUGUUAGUGAGGCAAGGAAUAUUCUUAACUGCCUAUCUACUUAUUCUACGUGGUCCGGCCAGUGUAUCAAUGUCUCCAAGUCAGCUAUGUUUUUCAUCAGAAAUUGCCAGCCAGCUAAGAAAAAUUCUAUCGAAGGCAUUCUUAGUCUCAAUUCGAUCCCUGCUAGAGCAAAAUAUCUUGGUAUUCCUCUCUUCAUGCACAAGAGAAAGGCUGCUUCUUUUAUUGAGCUAAAGGACAGAACUUUUUCCAAGAUCACGGGUUGGAAAGCUCGUUGA